UCCCCCCCACAAAAUGCUGCCAAACCACGCCUGAGCCUCAACCUCAACGCAACCUGAACCUGGGCCUUUCAACCACGAAUCAAGGCCAGAACACAAACUGUGAUCAUAGACAUAACAACGAGAAUUGCCGCUGGAGCACUUGGUCCGAGAGAGUUCAAUUCCCAGGACGUCACGACCACAAAGAACAGUCCCGGAAGCCAAAAAAGCCAAAAAUGAGGGAGGCCGAAAGGAGGAUAAAGGACACAGCCAGCAGCCUGCCAGACCGCAAUUGAGCGAUUUAUAGAGCCGCAGAUAUAUAUAUUAUAGAUAUAUACUGACCAGCCGGAUAAUCGGAAUCAAUUGCCCCGGCGAUAGCAAUCGGAGGAGCAGCAGAGGACCACAGCUGAGGAAAAGGGGAAAAGCAGGGCAGCACACACACCAACGGAGGCUGUAAUGACGACAAUUGACGCGAUGUAGCGCAGACUUAUGGUCGGCGAACGCGACAGGGACCGUGAGGCGGUACGCUGGGCAACGGGUGAAUCGACACCGCUUCAAACCAAUAAUGGAGUAUUACAAAUGGUCGGGCAAUUGCAAGGUGGACAGGCUGCUGGCCAGCAACAGCAACAGCAGCAGCAACAAGCGACUCAGCAUCAGCAACUCUCAAAGCAGCAGCAGCAGCAGCAUCAGCUUCAGCAACAGCUGCAGCAGCAACACAAGCACCAGCACCAGCAGCUGCAGCAGCAGCAGCAUCAGGAGCAACAGCAACUCCUGUAUCAGCAGCAUGCAGCUGCAACUAAUGCCGACAUGGCCGACAAUCAGCCGUACUAUGACACCAGCGGCAACGUCGACUGGGAGCGGGCAAUGGGAGCCGCUGGAGCUGGUGCAUAUGGUGGCCUCGGCCUCGGAUCUCUCCCAGCAGCUGGCGGCGCUGCUUAUCACCUUGGGUCAGCUGGUGCCGCUGGUGCACGCCAGUUGGAUUACGCUGAUGGCGGCCACCUUGCUGGCCCAUCCGCCGGAAUUGCUGCAGGUCUUUCUGCGGGAUCUACAGCGGCAGCGGGAGGAGGAUCAUCAGCGGGAGCCUCAGCAGCAGGUGCAGGAUCAGGAGCCACAGCAGGAUCAUCAUCAGGAGGAGGAGGAGGAGCAACACCAGCAGCAGGCAAGGAGGUUCGCUACGCCCCAUUCCCAGUCGCAUCGCCAACGCACUCGAUUCCCACAACGUCACAGCAGAUCGCUGGCAGCAUCGGUGGCGGGGGCGUCGGUGGCGGAGGCGGAGGCGGAGGUGAAUCAAUUUCAGGUGGCAUGCCCACCCAGAGCCAGAGCCAGAGCCAGACCACCGGCGCCCUGCAGCGGACACAUUCCAGAUCCAUGUCCUCCAUACCGCCGCCCGAGCCAUUCAUGAUAGCCCAGUCAAAGGCGGUGAACAGUCGCGUGUCCAUCAAUGUGGGCGGCGUCCGGCACGAGGUGCUGUGGCGGACGCUGGAGCGGCUGCCCCACACGCGGCUCGGGCGGCUGAGGGAGUGCACCACCCACGAGGCCAUCGUGGAGCUGUGCGACGAUUACUCGCUGGCCGACAACGAGUACUUCUUCGACCGCCAUCCGAAAAGCUUCAGCUCCAUCCUGAACUUCUAUCGCACCGGCAAGCUGCACAUCGUCGACGAGAUGUGCGUGCUUGCGUUUAGCGAUGACCUGGAGUAUUGGGGCGUUGAUGAGCUGUACCUGGAGUCCUGCUGCCAGCACAAGUACCAUCAGCGCAAGGAGAAUGUCCACGAGGAGAUGCGCAAGGAGGCCGAGUCCCUCAGGCAGCGGGACGAGGAGGAGUUCGGCGAAGGUAAAUGCGCUGAAUACCAAAAGUAUCUGUGGGAGCUGCUCGAGAAGCCCAACACCAGUUUCGCCGCCCGGGUUAUCGCAGUGAUAUCCAUACUAUUCAUAGUCCUGUCUACCAUAGCCCUGACGUUGAACACCCUACCACAACUACAACACAUUGACAACGGUACACCACAGGAUAAUCCGCAAUUGGCAAUGGUUGAGGCCGUGUGUAUCACGUGGUUCACUCUAGAGUACAUACUUAGGUUUAGCGCCUCGCCGGACAAGUGGAAGUUCUUUAAGGGCGGCCUUAACAUAAUCGAUCUAUUGGCAAUACUCCCAUACUUUGUUUCGUUAUUUCUAUUGGAAACGAAUAAGAAUGCAACGGACCAGUUCCAGGAUGUGCGUCGGGUGGUGCAGGUCUUUCGCAUCAUGCGCAUCCUGCGAAUCCUUAAGCUGGCCCGUCACUCAACGGGCCUGCAGUCGUUAGGCUUUACGCUGCGUAACUCAUAUAAGGAACUCGGUCUACUAAUGCUGUUCCUGGCCAUGGGCGUUCUCAUAUUUUCUUCGCUGGCAUAUUUUGCCGAAAAGGAUGAAAAGGAUACAAAAUUCGUUUCAAUACCGGAAACAUUUUGGUGGGCGGGUAUUACAAUGACAACUGUUGGCUACGGGGACAUCUAUCCCACAACUGCACUGGGAAAGGUUAUUGGUACUGUGUGUUGCAUAUGCGGUGUUCUGGUAAUCGCUUUGCCUAUUCCCAUCAUCGUUAACAAUUUUGCUGAAUUUUAUAAGAAUCAGAUGCGACGCGAAAAGGCCCUCAAGCGCCGUGAGGCACUCGAUCGUGCCAAACGCGAGGGCAGCAUUGUCUCCUUCCAUCAUAUCAAUCUGAAAGAUGCCUUCGCCAAGUCCAUGGAUCUCAUCGAUGUGAUUGUCGACACAGAAAAGCGCGAGAGUCACACACGAUCACUGAAAAAUUGGCACCGUUUAACCCACGCGCUCCGCCGAUCGCCCACAGGCCACAAUCUCUCGCAAACGGACGGCAACAGCACCGAGGGCGAAUCCACCAGCGGACGCAAUCCGGCCACCACCGGAACCGGAUGCUACAAGAACUAUGACCACGUAGCCAACCUGCGCAACUCGAAUCUGCAUCACCGUCGCGGAUCCAGCUCUGAGCAGGACGCAGUGCCGCCGUACAGCUUUGACAAUCCGAAUGCCCGACAGACCUCAAUGAUGGCCAUGGAGAGUUAUCGACGCGAGCAGCAGAUGUUGCAGAUGCAACAGUUGCAGCAGCAACAGCAACUAAAGCCACCGAAUGGCGGAGCAGCAUCCUCCGGAGUGGCCAAUAACCUGGCCUUGGUGGCCGCCUCCAGUGCAGUCACCGCUGUGGCCACCACCGCCAGCACCAGUAAUCCCAGCAAUCCCGGAGGUAAUACCCAAGGAUCGGAGGGUCCUGAAGGCGCCGAGGGUGGCGAUGACGAGGACAACCUCUCGCAGGCAAAGGGCCUGCCCAUCCAGAUGAUGAUCACGCCAGGGAUUUUACGGGGACGCAGUAAGGAGGAAGUGGCCGAGCUGCGACGCCAAGUGGCGCUGGAGAACCUGCAGAACCAGCGGAUGGACAAUCUGGAGCAGGAUGUGCCCGUGGAAUUCGAGUGCUGCUUCUGCACGACCAAGGACUUCAAGGAGUACACCGAUGCAGAGGGCGUGAUCUCGCUUCCAACUUCCGACUUCCACAAGCCGAUCUGUCUGGAGAUGCGUCUGGCAGCCGCAAAUCGCCAGGCGGGUGUCUUUGGACUCCUGGCAGCAGCAGCACCACCGCCACCGUUGAUGCAAGGACCCCUGCUGGCAUUGCCACCGCCGCCAACUUUGCCGCUACUGCAGCCACCUGUCACAUCCUCGUCCUGCUCGGCCGUCCUGUUGCCCGCCAUCUCACAGUCUUCGUCCACUUCCUCCUCGUAUGGCACCACCACCUCCACCACCAUUGCCCUGCCCCUGGACGCAUCAAUGCGGUAUGGAGCCGCCAUCUGCAGUUCGUCGAACUUCAAUCACAACUUCAACAACAACUUCAAUACGACCACGACGAACGGAGUGCUCCUCUUUGGUGGCGGCAACUACAAUGGGAAUAAUAACAACAAUGCGGAUCUGGCCAGUGUGGACAGUUCGGACACGUAUGCCAGCUGCCAGACGCAUCCAUUCCUGUCGCAGGGUGAUCUCACCGCAGACUUCAACGACGAGGCCUGCGCCCUGGACAUCGAUAUGGACAACCUGUACAUAAAUCCACUCGAGCGGGAGCAGCAGGGCAUCAGUAGCUCCACAGGCUUCAUUGUGGGUCUGCCGGCCACAACCCCCUCGGGUGCCCUGCGUGCCCAGGUGAAGAAGAGCGCCUCCGGUGACACGGCACUGAGGAAUCUGGCCACAGGAGGUCCUGGUGCCGGAGGCCUCAGUCCCCUCGACGAUGUCUAUCAGAGCUUCGAUGUACAGGAGCGAGGCAGCCGGGUCAGUCUAAAUGAGAACUCAGUGCCAAAGCACAGGAAGACGCGGUUCCAGCAGAGUUUCACUGCCAUGCGACCGACAAGUGCUGCCGCUUCCGGUUCCGGAAUCAGUCCAAGCUUACGUCCCCGAGCGCGAUUCGAGGACACCAAGCUGGACGAUGAUACCGGCAGCGGCGGAAGGAUGGAGGGAAUUAGCCAGGCUGCAGCCGGAUCUGGAGCCUCCGGUAGUCCAGGGGCCAGCGGCAGCUCUGGGGGAUUCGGAGGCGGACCAGGAGUGGGACCAGGACCCAAGAAGAAGCGCUCGGUCUUCAUGCCGGGCAAGAGCUUAGCCACUGCCACCAAACUGAUCAACCAGCAUUUGUUUGGCAUACAGAAUGUGGGCGCCAAAGCCAAGUUCGAGAGCAAGCAUUCCUCAUCGAUAGACUCGAUUGACGCCUCGCCCAAUCUGGAGCAUCACCGACGCUCCAAGUCGAUCCUGAAAAACAAGUCUGAUGUCUCGCGCGUCCUGUCCGAUCCGGAAAGCGAGCGCCUACUCGCGGACAACAUGUCCGGUUCCGGUGUCUCCGACAAUGGCACCGUAAUGGGCGAAUCCGGCAGCGAUUACUCACCGAAUAAAUUACCUCAUUCAGUUUUAGCUAAGUCUAUAUCCCCACCACCCCUCAGGCACCGCACCCUAAUGCACCAGCGCUCAGGACCAGCGACCUUGCAAUCGAAGCCCACAAAGUUCCAGACGCCGCGUUAUCCCGAAGAGCAGGCUUUGCGCCAGGUGAAGCCGCUCUUGUCACGCACCGUUCCAGCCACAUCCGCUUCCGGUUCGGCAUCGGCGUCGGCGGGUUCAGCGGAUGGCCAGCAGACCCGGGACAGCAGUCUGGACUCGGAGACGACCUUCACAUCGCCAGUAAGCAGUCCACCGACUGUCACUGCUUCUGCCUCCACUUCCGUUUCCGGUUCUGCGACGCCCAGCCAAAGUCAGGCCGCUUCCGCCGCCCAGGAUGAUCGCGAGGAGGAGGGCGAGGCGGAGGCCAACGAUGAGCAGAGGGCUCUCCUUCAAGGACUCGAUGGGGAGACGGACAAGGAACGGACAGAGGGAAAGCGUGGAGCGGGCAAUGAGGGCACGUAGCAAUUAGGGACACACACACAUAGCGCCAAGUAUAUGUAAGCAAGCUGUUGGGUAUAUCCUUUGACAAGGACACCCGGCACAGACACAGACAUAGACACAUCACACCACACUCUACACACCACACUCUACACACACAAACACACCACAUAAGAAACCAUACAAAGGGAAAACUCAAAGUGAUAGCAAAGUUAGCAAACAUGGAAUGUGAAUUAUAUAAAAGCAAUGAACAGUAUCCUAGUCUAGAGAAGGUGGGAUCCCAGGCAGAUCCACAUCCAGAUCCCUGUCUCGGUUCGAUCUGCAUAUUUUUACAAAAAUUAAGAAAAAGAAAAUAAUGAAGAAGGAGCAACCCAAAAACUAUGUUGCAGAGCCGCGCAUGUCGUACAAAAUGCAGCAUAUAUAUAUUAUAAUACAUUAUACAAAUAAUACGAUAUAAUAAUGCUACAAUUGGCAGAGUCGUGUAAAUAGCAGAGCCCAAUCCAAAACUCGUGUACAGAGCAAAAGCAAACCUUUAUUUACCGCCUUCAGGACACAGCUAACAGAACAAAAAGUAAAAGAUUAUAUAGACGAAAUCACCAGAAAAGCCUAAAUAGCAACAAAAUGAAACGGAAAUAUUCAUAUUUUGAAUGCAACUUAUAAAUAUAUACACAAUAUAUAAAAUAUACACGCAUCGCAAUUGCAACUCGCAUAUUUACACAUUAUAUAUAUAUAUGUCAUAUAUAUGUAUACAAUCUAAGGCGCAUACGAUUUAUAUAUACAUAUAUAUAUGGCUCCAACUAUUUUUCAAAUCACGCGCUAAACACCACAGAGAUCGGCCAAGCUAAAGGAAGAUAUAUGUAUGUAUAGUCGGAGAGAACACCCUAUAAAUUAGAGAUCCCUGCAUUUGCAUAAAUCUGUAUGUAAAUCGUUCGUUCGUUUCAUAAUGUCAAGCAAAAAGUAGUUGAAAAUCGUUGGGUCAAACCCCCAAAAAGGUUCGUUUCUAUAACUAUAAGUAUAUGUGCGUGUGUGUACGGCUUAGGGCUUAUCGAUAGAGCUUGGCUUUUGGCUUUAACUUCCCGAUGAAACCUGAUUUGCCAUAUAUAAAUAUAUAUAUACACCAAGAGAGAGUGCUUGAAUGUAGAUGUUGUUAUUUAUAAUGGGUUCAGGGACAAUGGCAUAUAGUUCUCUGGUUAAAUCUUCCGACAAAGAUGUUUAUGCUGUAAAAUUUGCAAACAUUUUGUUGCAUACUUUUGAGUGCUUUUAUAGCUGAUUUUGAAGGACUGAGAAAUCCCUCGAGACCGCUAUAUAGUAUGUCCCUGCCCAUAUAUAUACUGUUAGAUAGUUAGUUACUGAGCGUGUGCGUGUGCAUGUUAGUUAGUUGAGUUUUAGUUAGAUCUACCCUGUAGGCAGUUGACUCGAUGUUUAGUUCCUCAGUUGCGUUCUCCGAAUACGUAAGCAAUAAAAUUGAAAAUCUUUGCGUGUUUAGUCGUCAAUUACAUAUAUAUAUAUUGCAAUCCAGAAAAAAUGUUGUAUGUCCACAUUCCAUUCCGUGUAUGCGUGCGCGUGUGUGUAAUGGCCUAGGUGUUAUCCCAAUUGGGGACUUUCUAUCCUCCAUAUGGGUUAUCCAUUGAUCCCGAUCUAUGAUCUGUCCAGCAGGCUUUUGCGUUAAUCCUGUUUAGUUGCCAUUGAUCAGCCAGCGAUGAGCCAGGAUGCGAGUAGCCUCUUAGAAACAUAUCAGUAAAGGGAAUUCGAACUCACUCACUCACCACAAAACACACUCACCACAAAUACACACACCAAAACACACACUCAACACACACACACAAACCAUGCACUGUAAAGAAAACUAACACAAAUUUUAUUACGAGACGAUAAUAAAAUGUCUCAACGUCCGCUUUUCGAAUUGAUAAGAACACAGGCAAAGCAAAAAAAAAAAAAGAAACACACUAAGAGAGAAAACCACAAGAAAACAUUAUUCGAUAAUUAAUGUUAAAGCCAAGAACUCGAAGUAAUAUAGUUAAACAUUUUUAGAACUAUGUGUACGUAUAUUGACAAAUGCUUGAUGCAUCCAAACAAAUUUUGUAAGCAAUUCAUUUAGGAUUAUUGAAGCCGGCACAGGACACACAUUCCGUCAAACAAUUCAUUUAAUUGUAACUUUUGUAAAUAUUUAUUUUAUAUACAAGCCCGGCCCACAAAGUGUUACGUUAAUAGUAUCCUUCAUUUUUUCUUUUAAAUUCAUUUACGUCGCAACUGCAGACGAAUUGAACUAAGAACUUGAAUUAAAACUAACGAGAUAUUAAGCAAACACGACUUGCUAACGCAAAUGUUAUUAAUAUUUAAAUUAUUUACCUAACGAUACCAUACAUUUUAAAGCAGUCUGAGGACGACGAAGAUUGUAAAUCAGCAAAAAAAACAACAAAAAAACAAAAUGAUUACCGGACAUCGUUGACAAAACAUACAAAUUUAUUAAAGCGUAUUUAAAUCUAUAUGAGCGAAAGGUCAUGAAAAUAUAUAUAAACCAUUGAGUAACAUUUAA